AUGGCCGCCGAUGACUUGAUUUGCAUGGUGUCUUUAGGCGAGAAUGCCUUAUUUAUGAAGCUAAUGUCGACAACAAGCUUUUAUGAGCUGAAAUAUGGUGUGGCUGAAAGAUUGAAAGUACCUGAAGAAUCUUUUUCCCUGAUAUAUAAAUCUGAGAGGCACCCCAACCUGAGUUUUUCGGUUGAGAACGAAGCUGACCUGAAGUGCAUGUUGGAGCACAAUCAAAAUAUUGGUUGUACGGAGAUUCAUAUGCAAGCUGCUGUUAAUGUAGAGUGUUCCACGUCAGGGAAGAAUCAGAAAGAUAUUAGGGAAAUGGAUGCCUCUUUGAAUGCAGAUUAUAGUUGUCCUCCUCCAGGAAAUGCAUCCAAUUCAGAGAGAAUCCAAACUGAUUUUCCGUCUGGUGAGGUUGUAAUGAGGGCUGAUGAUAUUCUCAAUAACACUUCGAGCAUUCCUCAAUGGUGGCACACAGCAUUAACUGAAAAGGGGCAACAAUUUGAAACCGUAACUGAAUUGAGACUAGCUUUGCAAUACUAUUCCAUCGCCAAAAAAUUUGAAUAUGAAUUUGUAAAGAAUGAACCCAAACGUAUCCGCGUUUGUUGUCGAUAUAAGGAGACGUAUGGAUGCCCUUGGAUGCUCUUUGCAGCUCCUGUUAAAAAUGAUAAAAGAAUGGAAAUCAAAAGGUUUGUGAAUGAACACAGUUGCGGACAACAUUCUAGCUUGUCAGGGCAAUCACGGGCAUCUCGCAAGUUCAUAGCAGCCCAAUUGCGACCGGUAUUAAAGGCACGACCUGAAAUCCGCCCAAUUGAUGUGCAAAAGGACUUCCUCACUCGAUUUGGAUUGAGACUUGAAUACAGUAAGAUAUGGUGGGGCAAAGAAAGAGCGCAACAGGAUAUGUAUGGUGAUAGCUAUGAGGCUUAUGAUCAAUUAAGAUGCGGCAUUGUUGUACAGGGUUUCUUAAAUGGCUGUAGACCCCUUUUAUUUUUGGAUGGGACCUUUUUGAAAGACAGAUAUAAAGGCAUGCUUCUAAGCACCAUAGCCUAUGACGGAGACCGAGGGAUAUUUCCACUUGCGUAUUGUAUAUGUGAUCAAGAAAAUAUUGAUAAUUGGAGAUGGUUCCUACAAGGCCUGUGGUCCAUACUGUAUGAAAGGUUAGACCCGUACAAUCCCCCCCACCAAUUGGUAAUUAUUUCUGAUGCUGACAAGGGGAUUCGAGAAGCCGUGAGAGAAUAUUUCCCCAAAGCAAUUCACUCACGCUGCAUUCUGCAUCUAGUUGAAAAUUUUAGAUCAAAGCUCAAGGAUUUGGGAAUGAAGGCAAAGGACACACAGGUUUUGGGGAAUUUGCUCCAAACUGCUUGCUAUAAAUACACUAUAGCGGAAUGGAACGACUACAUGAAGAAAAUUUAUGAGAUGGCUCCAGCCGCAUAUGAGAUUGCAAUUAAUUACUCGCCAGAGCAUUGGGCAAAUGCCUUCUUCCCUGGCAUUAGAUAUGGCCAUGUAACCUCUAAUGUCACAGAAUCCUUUAACAGCUGGAUACGUGAAGCCCGUUUGUUACGUAUCCUACAAAUGGUGGAGCAUAUCCGAAAACAACUUAUGGCUCGCAUGAACAACAGACGGAUAAUGGCGUGUAAGUGGACAAGCUAUCUUUGUCCUAAAGCUGAGAAGAUUUGCAAAAAUGGGAGGAACAAGGGUAGAUUCUUCUGGGGAUGUGCAAAUUUCCCAAAGAGCCAAUGCAAGUUUUUCGCUUGGGCUCACAGUGAAGAUGCAAUGGUAAGUAGCAAUAUUCCAGAUUGCCCAGAAGUCCCCGUUGAAGAUGAUAUGGCGGUCAAGGCAAAGCAGUUGAAGAAAGCACUGAAGCAAGCAAACCGCGAAGUUGAAAAAUGGAAACUUUGUUCUUUCUUCAUGUGUUGUUUUUGUAUGGUUCUAAUAUCCAUCAUCUUUGUCAUCUCUAACUGA